UGAGGUUCCUCAUUUCUGAAAUAACCCUGUAGGAGGUUUUAUAGUCUUUCAUUAUAAAAGCAGCCCUCAGCGGCUAAUCGAGGCUUCCAGCCUUUUCAGAUGUAUCUCACUGGAGCCCUGUGCAGCCAAUAAAUCGGACCUUCCUCGUUGAACCCGUGUCUGUCUGGGAAAAAUCCUGCAGCAGCACGGGGUUGGACUAGAUGACCCCUGGGUCCCUUUCGGCUCGACGCUUCAACUCCCUUUGGGAGCCAAUCCCAAGGGCCGCCUGUCAGUCCUUUUGAGGAGAUAACGAUCCAUUUGCCGGAGCCGCAGAAACAUCGAUUGGUUCAAAAAUCUGGACGCAGUCGGGAGAAACGGAUCCUUGUGUCCCCCCCCACGUGCGUCCGGCUCGCGAAUUUUAUCUCCGCUUGUGGGUUUUUGCUGAAAGGGAAGUGUUGGGGGAGCUGAGGAGCGACCUCCGAGUAAGGAAAAGUCGCAGCGUUUGGGACUUCUGAGUUUGGAGAAAAAGGCGAGCAAAAGGGGACGUGAGAAGAGGUUUCUCAUGUCCUCUCUGACCCAGAGUGAUCAAGCGUCGCAAAGACACUAGAUCCCCAAAUAUGGAGGACAAGGAUGAGGAUCGGAGCAGCGGAGAAUUCGGCCUACGCCCCUCGGACUCCUGGGGACGGCGUGUCUGCCCGGGCCACUGCCUGGUGUUCAUCCUGCUGGGACUCGUCUGCGUCUUCACCAUUGCAGUCGCCGUGUUCGGCUUAACGGGUCGGAAAUCUGUCGGUGAAUUGAGAGGGAUGGAGGAGACUUUGAAAAGCGUCAACCGCACGGUCUCGGCGGAGAUCACCGCUCUGAAAAAGAAGGAGGCAGAAGAUUUGAAGCAGCUGGUGAAGAUUGAAGAUAUGGUGCAAAACCUGACCGAGGAGGCGAAGGAAGUGAAGACCCAGUUCCAGGAGCAGAUCUCUAAACUGCGGACCAGCGUGCGGACCCAGAAUUGCGAAGUGGAGAGCAUUAAAAGCAACAAAACAGUGGGAAGCCACUGCUGCCUCAAAGGUUGGCUCCCGUUUAGUCGCAGCUGCUACUGGCUCUCCAAAACGGACAAGUCCUGGGACGAAGCCAAGCUGGACUGCGAAGAUAAAGACGCCCACCUGGUCAUCAUCACCAGCUACCUGGAGCAGCAAUUUGUGGCCCAGCUCACAAAGCCCCGGAACACCUGGAUCGGCUUGACCAUGGCUAGCGGCGUCUGGAAGUGGGUGGACGGGACGAGCUACACCAUCCGCAGAAUAGACUGGCGGCUCGGGGAACCGGAUAGCUUUUCUGUCGAAAUGCCCUACCACCCGGCCCACUGCGCCCAUCUCUACCGCGACGGGCUAUGGAGCAACGAGAACUGUAACCGCCGCUACAACUGGGUGUGCGAGAUGAACAGCUGAGUCACCAGACAGAGAGCAGCCAGCAUGGAGACCACAGGGUUUGCCAGGCUGCUCGGCCUCUUCCACAGCAAAUAAACAGAACCAUUUCGCAAAGAAAGGGGGCACCUUGUCAUCAUUGUC